AGGCAUGCCAUUAUUCUUUCCCUGUCGAAAUGUGCCGCUCCUUCUGACUCGGGUUAUUGUGGAGCGCACAAGUGGCCCUCAGAAGAAAAUAGCAUUGCAAAGAAAGGCUGAGGUCAAGGGUCACAUUAGAGCCUUCCCAUCGCGAACUGCGUUUUUGUGAUCAAAUUUGUUGGCUACACAAAAAGAGCCACAGUCGUAUCUCAAAUACAGCUCAGCCUAAGAGAGUAGAGUCUCAACUCUAUUAAACUCCACUGCCUCCGAAUAGAAGCUGCUGGUUUGCUUUGGUUUUUCAGCCAGCUGUAAGAACGUCCAGGCAGCAGAACUCCCUCUCCUUUGCUCUACUCAACUCCUUCACUACUGCAUGAGCUGUUGAGGGAUCAACACUCUGUUACAAAGAUGGAGUUCCCCCUUACAGAACUUCCCACCUUGCUGCCCAAUCGAUCCAUGGAGAGCUGUCCACCUGUGGACAAUACAGUGGAGAAUAUGAUCUUUGGAUUCUACUACAUCGUAGUUUUCCUUCUUGCACUGAACGGCAAUAGCCUUGCCCUGUGGAUCUUCGCCCGCCAGAGAGGCAACUCUUCUCCAGCCAAUGUCUUCCUGCUCCAUCUUGCUGUGGCUGACCUGUUUUACAUCUUUGUUUUACCUCUCAGGGCCACUUAUCAUUUAACGGGGGGACAUUGGCCAUUUGGCGAAAUCCCCUGCCGUCUCGCAGGCUUCUUUUUUUAUGUCAACAUGUAUGCCAGUUUGUACUUCCUGGCCUGUGUUGCAGGUGACAGAUAUCUUGCUGUGGUACACGCUGUACGUUCUCUCAAGGUCAGACGCCCUCGUUACGCUCACAUUGCCAGUUUUGCGCUUUGGGCUUUGGUGAUAGUGUCUAUGGCGCCCCUACUGGUCACCAAGCAGACCGCAGAAGUCAAUGGCUCUACUGUAUGCUUGCAGCUGUACAGAGAAAAGGCCUCACGACGUGCUCUCGUCUCCCUGGCCGUAGCCUUCAUGCCGCCUUUCAUUGCCACCCUUUCUUGCUACCUGCUAAUAGUGCAUAGUCUGCGAAAAGGUUCGAGGCUAGAGCCGGCGCUGAAACUCCGAGCUCUACGCACGAUCGGUCUGGUCAUGCUCAUCUACAUAGUAUGCUUUUUGCCCUAUCACUUAAGCCGUGCGACCUUCAUCUUGGGUUACGGACACCCAGAUCUAUCCUGCCAAAUCAAAAGAGGGCUAGCCCUGGCUAACCGUCUUACUUCCUCUUUAACCUGCAUGAAUGGGGCUUUGGAUCCACUGGUCUACCUGUUUGCAGCUGAGAAGUUCAGGGGAAGCGUUCGCAGGCUUUUCUGCAGAGACAAAUCAGGGGGGUCCGGCGUUACAAGUGGGGACCUGAAAGGUACACAUGAGAGCUCUAUGAGCGCAAAGUCUGAGUUCUGAGUGAGCCAUUGAAUAUUUUUCAUCAGUUCAAGUGAUUCAGCCCACACUUCCUGAUUAUGUAUGGUCAAUUAAAGAUCAGGAACUUCAAACAGCCUCAUGUAUCACCAAGCACGUGAUUUGGGCAUGUUAAAGUGAAAGUUAUUUGGGACGGUACUAGUGAAAGUUAUGUAUCAGUCAGUUGUCAAAUCACAAUUGAGAUAAGACUCCAUCAAGUUUCAAGAAGGCGUAACUUAUGUGUAAGACUGUGUGCUGCCUUUUAAAAAUCAAUGUUGUCUUUGUUAGCAUAUUACCUGUUUGCUAAUGACAUGCUUUGACUCGUUCUUUGUAAACUGUAAGCACUUCCUUAGUGCACAUUCUUAAUGAAAUCAGUGUGAAGCUAAUGAAUUUCAUAUUUGGUAUCAAAACAACACUUAUAAGUAAGCAAUAAGGUACGAGAGGCUGUGCUGUAUCGUGAAUAAGUUACGGCUGAAGGGCGGUGUUAGCUGCAACCCCUUCAGCCGUGACUUAUUCAUGAUAUAGCACUAGCCUCCAGUACCUUAUUGCUUUUAUAAAACGGUUACCACACAAUACAAAUAUUAAAGCCAGAAAUAUGUAUCAAUGCAACUUUCAUGAAGUAAACUUUUUCUAAAAACCUUCUUUCCGCCAGAAAAAAAUAGUCACUGACUGUGAACAGCAACAGAAGUUACAUUAUUACGCCAUUAGAUGGCGGCAAAGACAGUCUUUAUGAGUGUGUCAGUCAGUAGCGAAGACUUUUAUAUUGAAAAAACGUAAUUGUUUUGAAAACGGAACAAGACGCAACUGACAAAUGCUUUGACUAGCGCUGUCAGUCACUGGAAAACCCCUUUAAAUGUUAAAAGGACAAGACGAUUGAUCGGACAUUUAAACGGAUUUUUUAUUAUGAACAUAGGACUGACCUGAAGGAAAAUGCUAAAUCUCACUCGAUUAUUUUCUCACAACACUCUUCUACAUAAUACAGUAAGCUUCAAUGAACAAUAUCAAUUGAGAACAUACAGUUUACGUUGCUAUGUGUGGUACUAAAGGUGUUGUGUAGUGAUACAGAACUGUUGGGUGAAGCGGAUAUAGUCGUGUUUUAUCGUGAAUAAAACACAGCUAUUGACCAAUCAAAAUCAAGGACAGGAACUAACCAUUUUAUAAUAAUUUUUAACGUUCCUCAGGGGGAUUUUCUGCAUGGUUAUAGCACUCUCAAGCUGUGGUAAGAAUGUGCGAAGGGUAACAAACCAGUGAGGAGUUGAAAUGAAUAUUACAAUUUACAUUCCUUGACAGCUAUUUGUUACUUAGACUAUUUAGAUGCUUGUGCACUUCAUUUAAUAUUUUUAAUGUACCUUUUAAUGUUUUAAGGUAUUUACAGAUUUUUUGAUGGCAUGAAAUACUGGUUUUGUUUUCACUUGUUCAGACGAAGUUGAUAUGCAUCCUUAUUUAUAUGAUUUUAAUUACUGUAACCAAUGGUAAUGGUAAUAUAUAUUUUAUUUUUGUGGUUAUUAUACUUAUAUCAUUAAUUUUUUUUUUUUGUAUUUCUUAAGUAAAAUUCACCCAUGAAUCAAUUUGUAAAUGCAUUUAAGUCAACUCAAUAAAUGUAAAUAAAUUUAA